CGCGCGGUGGGGGUCGGUUUCCGUUAAAGAUGGCCGAAAAAACCGUGUUGUUAACACAGCAAUUAUUAAAACCGAUAAAAAUAUUAAAAUGGAAAGUGAGCGAAGGAAAUUCAAUGUCCAUCGGUCGAGUGAUUCUUCUGUACGAUUUCGAUGGGGUGUCAAAGCCGGAACAACGUAAGCUAAAGUCGCAACAGGCUGGAACAGUACACAAGAUAAUCCAACCGGAAGGCGCCAUCGUCAAGCCUGGCGACGGACUCCUGGAGCUGAGGGAAUGCAUACAUCCUACGGUUAUGAAAGAUAUGUGCGCAGAAUGUGGAGCCGAUUUGAGGAAACAUGAUGCAACAAGAACAGCAUCAGUGCCAAUGGUACAUGCUAUACCUGAUUUAAAAGUCAGUGAAGAGGUUGCACAGAAAUUAGGCAGAGCUGAUGGUGAAAGACUUUUGAGGGACCGUAAACUAGUACUUCUAGUAGAUUUAGAUCAAACUCUUAUUCAUACAACCAAUGACAACAUACCUCCUAAUAUUAAAGAUGUAUAUCAUUUUCAAUUAUAUGGCGCUAAUUCACCAUGGUAUCAUACACGUUUAAGGCCUGGUACCCAUAAAUUCCUUGGAAAUGUUUCACCACUUUUUGAGUUACAUAUUUGCACCUUUGGGGCUAGGAACUAUGCACACACUAUUACAACAUUUUUGGAUAAUGAUCAAACUUACUUUUCCAAUAGGAUUCUCUCAAGGGAUGAGUGUUUUGAUCCUACAAGUAAAAAAGCUAAUUUAAAAGCGUUAUUUCCUUGCGGAGACAACAUGGUCUGUAUCAUAGAUGAUAGGGAGGAUGUUUGGAAUCAUGCUUUAAAUUUAAUUCACGUGAAACCAUACCAUUUUUUCCAACAUACAGGUGACAUUAACGCACCCCCAGGGCUAGAUAAGCAAGAAAAUGAUGAUAAAGAAGGUGUUGAUUUAAGUAUAUUAAAGAGCAAGCUAAAUGGUAAAAACUUAAAGGAACAUGAUAAGAAAAAUGGCGUGGAGAAAGAAAAAGUAAAUGGAAUGCAAAGAGCAGAUGAUGUAAAUAAUGUUGAAGGUAUUGAAUCAAAUGAAAGUGUAAAUAAUGAAAAAACAAAUGGUAAAGAUGUAGAUUCUAAGGUUACAAAUAUAAUAUCCACAAAAGAAGAAACUAUAAAAAAAGAGGAUGUAGAAAUUGAUGUUCAAAUGGAAAAUACUGUUCAAAACAAAAAUAAUGGCAACGAAGAGAGUACCAAAAUUGAAGAUGUUGAUAAAAUAGAAUCUGAUUGUAAAGUUCAAAAUAAUUCUGAUGUUGAUAAUAUUAAUUCUGAGGAAAAUUCAGGUUGUAAAGAUAAUGUUAACUCUGAGGAUAAUGGGAACGAGCUUAAAAACAAAGAGGAAGAGUUAAACGAUAAAAAAGUUGAAAAUAAAGAGGAAGAGUUAAACGAUAAAAAAGUUGAAAAUAAAGAUGAAGAUCUUAUCGAAAUCGAAGAUCCAGAUGAUUACUUGCUGCAUCUAGAAGAUAUUCUGAGGCGAAUUCAUAUAAAAUUUUACGAAGAAUAUGAUAAGAUGGAAUCGGGAGACGUUCCUGAUUUGAAACAAGUGAUACCUAAUGUUCGAAGCGAAAUUUUAAAAGGUACUAAACUUGCGUUUAGUGGUUUAGUGCCUACACAUAUAAAAUUGGAGCAGUCGAAAGCGUAUCAAGUUGCAAGAAGUUUAGGUGCUUUAGUUACACAAGAUCUCAACGACGAUUCCACCCAUUUGGUAGCUGUAAGACGGGGAACUGCUAAAGUAAUUGCUGGUAGAAGAAAAAAGAAUUUAAAAAUUGUUACACCCGAUUGGCUUUGGUCCUGUGCUGAGAGAUGGGAGCAUGUGGAAGAAGCAAUUUACCCAUUAAAUUCGAAAGGAUCAAAAAAUAGGCAUCCACCGCCGCAUUGCUCGAGCCCGGAACAUGUACCAAAUUAUCCGACUCAUGAUACACCUGCAAUUAGAAAACGAACACCUAGUGGAAGAUUUAUGGAUACAAUUAAUCCACUGAUGUCUUUUUCUAGAGAUGAUAUCGCCGAUAUGGAUAAAGAGGUCGAAGAUAUACUGGACGAUGAAAGCGAUGAGAGUGAAGUCGAGGAGGAAAGUAGUUCGAGGAUGGAUGAAGCAAAUACAAAAAAAGAAGACGAGACCAGUAGCAGCAGCAGUAGCUCCGAUGAAUCGCAGAAAAUCAAGAGCCACAAACGGACCUACGAUGAUGCUUUAACCCAAGAGGAUAAUCUGGAUACGGAUUGUCCAAGUACAAAGUUGCGGAAAGAACAAUUAGAAAGUGAUUUAGACAUAGAUGAUUCAAACAGUGAAGCAAGUGUCGAUGCACCGGAUGGAAAAGACAACGACGAGUUGGACAUAAUGGGUGCCGCACUUGAACGGGAGUUUCUUUCCAACAGCGAAUAAUCAUUUAAUUCUUUUUUAUAGUUAUUUUUUUAAUUCUGCGGGUUGACGAGAGAAUAUUUUUUUAAGCGAAAGGAAUAAAUAAUUUUUACUGUA